CACCCGUUCCCGCUCCGCGUCUUGCUCGUCACGCCUUGCCGGCCUCUCACGCCUCGUCCGCACGCUGCGCAUCGCCUCGCCGCGCCGCUGCUGCUGCUCUGGCGCAGAGAGGAGAGGAGACGGCUGCUGCCGCCUGCUGCUCGGGCGUGCCUGACGCCGGGGCCGCCUCGGUGCUCCCGCAUCGCACCCGCCGCGCACUCCAGGGCCUCUCGUGCCUCGAUCGGCAUCUAGAACGGCUCUCGCUGCCUGCUGCUCUGCCGUAACAGGCACCGCGAGCACCUCAAAGGGGCCACACUCUCGCGCACGAGCCAGAAGUGGAGCCUGGGCUCGUUUUCGCCCGGCACGUUACCGCCGGCGCGCCUCCUCUCCUCUCUCAUCUCUCGCCCUCAUCUGAACUCGCGCGACCAUCAUGUCCGCGCUGCCGUCGUCGCAGCCGAGCACGCCGCGUCUGGCUGCCUUUGCCGCCGCCAACUCGUACUUCCCGCAAUCGCCCUCGUCGUCGUCGUCCGCCUUCGCCUCCGCCAGCGGCAGCCGCGUCGCCAGCGGCAGCAGCAGCAGCCACGCCGUUGUGGCACAGCAGGCACAGACGGGCGGAAGCAGCAGCGCCAGUAGCUACUACUCGCCCAGCCAGGCGCACUCGACGUCGCUGCCGCCGUCGCGCAGCGGCACGCCACUCCUCUCGCCGCGCAUCGGCGGCGCCACUCCCUCCUCCUGGCACCUGCCGCCUCCGGGCGUCCCGCUGGGCGCAGCCGCCGCCGAGGUGCGUCGGCGCUCCUUCGUGCUCGGGCCUGUGCCCGCCACGCCGCCCGCUUCUUCGGCGGCCGGCUACGCCUCACCGCCUGCGUGCGCCUCGCCGGUACUGGGACCAGCACAGCCGCGACGCUCGACAAGUCACACCCCCCGGCGCUCGUCGUACGGCACGCCGGCGUCGAGUACUGGCUCUCCCAGCAUCAUGCCCGUGGCGGGUAUGCCGAGACAACGGCCUGCGCUUGCCUCUCCCGCGCAAGGCGACGGCGGCUUCAUCACUCCGGGCGAGGCGCGACCCGCCAGCGCGCCACCGCGGCGAGGCACGAUGCCGACGCCACGAUCGAUACGGCGAAGCAUUGAGCGGCCAUCGCCGCUCGAUGUGCUCGAGGGCUACGCGGAUGGCCUGCAGCUGCCAGACGACGACGGCCUGAAGGAGGAGGACCCGCUCGCGACGGCGUGGGCGGCGCUGGGGCCCAAGCGCCGCAGCGUAGGCACCCUGGUGGCCGUGAGCGCCGCCGCGCUGGCGGCGCGCGAGACGUUGGCGGGAAGCUGGGGUGCUGUAGCGCUCUCGUCGCUCUCGCUGCAUCCGCACCUCCCGCUGCUACACGUCACGCGCGCGCUGAGCCUGCUCGCCGUGCUGCCGUGUGCACGUCUCGACAUGGCGUCGCGGCUGCGCGUGAGCUGGAUCGCUCUGUGCCUGCUCGGCGCCGGCCAUGUCUGCCUCGCCGGCCUGCUUGCACCUCGCGCGCUCCUGCUGGCGUCGAUUGCAGCCGAAUGCGGAGCACAAGCCCUCGUCGUGCUCGGCACUGUCACCCUGUCAGACGUGGCAGGCCGCGACGCGCGGAUCGCCACCGCUGCGCUGGGCCUGCUCAAGUCUGUUGGUGUGGCCGCGAGUGCGCUGCUGCUCGGUGGCACGCGAGUCGACAGUGCCGGCGGCUGGCGGACGAGCGUCUUCGUCUUCUCUCUCCUGCCGCUGCUUCUAUACCCAAUGCUCUCGCUGCUGCCCAGCCAGGCGUCGCGCUUCAGCACUUCGCAGCUCUCGCUCUUCUCGCACGGGCUGCUUCUCCUUUCCCUCUCGCUCCUCACACUGCCGCCGGCGCUCUCCGCCGCCUCGCCGGAGCGACAUGCACGCAGCGCGCAUGCGCCACUGCUCUUCGCAGGCGCCGCGCUUUCGCUGCUCUUCUUCGCGACGCAGUGCCGCACGCGUGUGCCGCUCGUCAGCCAUGCGCUGCUCGCGUCGCGCGCCUUCUGGGCUGGUGCGGCUGCGCUGGCUGCGCUGGCGGCUAGCACAGCUCUGCUUGACACGUACUUGCCGUCGUUCCUCUACGUUGCGCACAACACUGCGCCGUUGGCACAGCAGUUCAUCUCGGCGCUGCGACCCUUCUUCCUCGGCGUCUGUGCGCUUCCCAUCGCGCUGCUCACGCGCUACACGGGCCACGUCAAGGCUCUGGCGAUCGGCGGCGCGCUCACGUUCCUCACUGGACUGGGCCUGAUGUUCGGCACCAAUGGCGAAGCAGCCAGUCUCUCGCGCAUGGCUCUCGCGCAGUUCCUGCUCGGCUCCGGAGAAGCACUCUGCUUUGGCGUUACCGAGGCGCUCGUCCUCUCGCACGUCUCGGCUUCGCUCUCUUCGACGCUGCACAUGAGCUUGCUCCUCGUCACGGCCGUUGGCCGCGCGCUGGGCGCCAGCUUCUGCGGCGCGCUCUGGGCUGCCCGACUGCCUGGCCUGCUCAACUCUGCUCUGCUGCCUCUGCACGCGCACAACCUGCUCACGUCGCUGCUCGCCGAGCCGCUUACCUUCCUGCCCUCGCAUCCGCUCACAAGCCCAGAGCGCGCCGCACUCGUCAACACCUACGUGCUGCUCUUCCGCGCCUCGAUCGUCGCUGCUUCGACGUUGGCCGGCCUGGCGCUGCUUGCGGUGUGCACGUUGCCAGACUCGCGAAUCCCUCCUCCAGCACUUCCACGCAUGCCUCCGCCGCCCGGCACCCCCGAGGCACACCUGCACGCGCUCGACGGCGCCGCCGCGCGCUUCAGAGGCUCUGGCCUGCGUUUCGACCUAGGCCGAGGCCUGCCUCGCAGCCUGCGCUCCUCGACCGACUCGCCGCUGCCGCUCGCUGUCACUAAGGCCAAGAUCUCCGGCGAGAGCAAGGGCGUGCCGUCUCUGCAACAACCGCAGCCUCAGCCGCAACAGCCUUCGCCGCUGCUGUUGCAGCAGGACUUCGCGUCCAAUGAUGUCCCUACAGGCGCAGAGAUCGCAGCGCGCGCCGAGCUCGAGACGGUGCAUGUCCUGUCGCAGCGCUGAUUCUCAGUCUCGCGUGCCUCUCUCUAAACCCUACCCCACACUCUCUUGCUUCUCAUCGCUCUGCAUUAUUCCCGCCGCUGCAAUCACACCAUACAUGCUAAGCACC